CAGAUCCUUAAUAUUUUAAUUUAAAAUCUUGUACAGAUUGGAUUAUGGAAGUGGGAAGUGAAGAAGAAAAAUGGGAGAUGCUGGAUGCAGAAUUUGAUCACUUUGUGGUUGACAUGAAGCCCUUUGUUCUGAAAUUACCCCAUAGGUCAGAACGGCAGAGGUGUGCUCUCUGGAUUAGAAAACUAUGUGAGCCUUCAGGAAUAGGUGCAGGAAUAAUGGGAAGGAAGAAUCGGAACCUGUAUGCAAAACUGUUAUUACAUAUGCUUAAACGAGGAGUGCUUGAAGGCCCUUUUACGCACCGACCUGAACCUGGGACACUAAAAACUUUACCUUCAUACAUGUCCAUCUAUUUUGAUGAACCAAAUCCAGCACGAGCAAAAGGUUCAAGCCCAGAGGGAUUACCAGCCUGGGUUUUGGGUGAGCUGGGAACAAGUGAACACACAUUACACGAAUCAUGGAAACUCUCUUCUGGAGAAGAUAACACUUUGGUACAGUCGCCAACUGAUGACCACAGUUUACAACAUAUACAGGUGUUUUGUCUGAGCUUAAUGGGCAAAACUCGGGAAGAACUAAAACCACUUACUUCCAUCAAAUUUCUUCGAGCACUCAGAGUUCUAUCUCAGUUUGAAAAAAUGAAGGUGGUCGUGAGAGCUUUGGUCAAAACAACUUUACCUGCUUUGAAUGUAUUUCUGGUCUGCCUUAUGAUCUGGCUGGGUUUUAGUAUUUUGGGAGUACACUUAUUUGCUGGCACGUUCUAUGGAUGCAUUGACCCAACAAGCAGAGAAAUGUUUUAUACAUCGGAAGUGGUGAAUAAGAGUCAAUGUGAAAGCCUUGUGGUUAAUGAAUCUAUGCUAUGGGAGAAUGCAAAACUGAACUUCGAUCAUGUUGGAAACGGUUUUCUUUCUCUGCUUCAAGUAGCAACGUUUAAUGGUUGGAUCGACAUUUUUUAUUCAGCAAGUGAUUCUGUUGCCGUCAAUAUGCAGCCUAGUUUUGAAGUCAACCUCUACAUGUGUUUUUACUUUAUCAACUUUGUCAUAUUUGGAGUAUUUCUCCCUCUGAGUAUGCUGAUCAGUGUUAUUAUUGUGAAUUUCAACAAACAUAAAACAAAGCAGGGAGGUUCAAAUAUCUUUAUAACAGUAAAACAGAGGAAACAAUACCAUGGGCUGAAGAAGCUAAUGUAUGAGGACUCUCAAAGACCAGUGCCUCGCCCAAGAAACAAGUUCCAAGGAUUCAUUUUUGACUUGGUGACAAAUAAAAUCUUUAACAUCAUCGUUAUGGUUCUUAUCUGUUUCCAAGCAAUAACCUUGAUGAUAGAAAGUGACGAACAGAGUCCACAAAUGGACAUUGCUCUCUACUGGAUUAACUCAAUUUUUGUAAUGCUCUAUACUGUGGAAUGUGUACUGAAGCUCAUUGCUUUUUGUUGUUUCUAUUUCACCAUUGCAUGGAACAUUUUUGAUUUUAUGGUAGUCAUUUUCUCCAUUACAGGACUAAUUCUGCCUAUGACGAUCGGAUAUUACCUUAUGCCUCCUUCACUUGUGCAACUGAUACUUCUUUCGCGGGUCAUCCACUUCCUGCGCCUUGGAAAAGGACCAAAGGUGUUCCGUAAUCUAAUGCUUCCUUUGAUGCUGUCCCUCCCAGCACUGUUGAACAUCAGUCUCCUCCUCUUCCUGAUCAUGUUUGUCUAUGCCAUCUUUGGAAUGUACAACUUUGCCUAUGUUAAAAAGGAAGCUGGGAUUAAUGACGUGUCCAACUUUGAAACCUUUGGCAGCAGUAUGCUCUGUAUUUUUCAAGUUACAAUAUUUGCUGGUUGGGAUGGGAUGCUUUAUGCAAUUUUCAACAGUAAAUGGUCUGACUGUGAUCCCGAUAAAAUUAACCCUGGGACUCAAGUUAGAGGAGAUUGUGGUAACCCCUCUGUUGGGAUUUUUUAUUUUGUCAGUUACAUCCUCAUAUCAUGGCUGAUCAUUGUAAAUAUGUAUAUUGUUCUUGUCAUGGAGUUUGUGAGCAUUAUUUCUAAGAAAAAAGCCAAGAGUUUGAGUGAAUAUGAUUUUAGGAAAUUCUUUCAGGUGUGGAAAAGGUUUGACCCUGAUAGGACCCAGUACAUAGACUCUAGCCAGCUUUCAGAUUUCGCAGCUGCUCUUGAUCCUCCACUUUUUAUGGCAAAACCAAACAAGGGCCAGCUCAUUGCUUUGGAUCUUCCCAUGGCUGUUGGGGACAGAAUUCAUUGCCUUGACAUCUUACUUGCUUUUACAAAGAGAGUUAUGGGUAAAGAUGUAAGGGUGGAGAAAAUCAUUUCAGAGGUAGAAUCAGGGUUUAUGUUAGCCAAUCCUUUUAAGAUCACAUAUGAGCCAAUUGCAACUACUCUGAAAAGAAAACAAGAGGCAGUUUCAGCAACCAUCAUUCAGCGUGCUUAUAAAAAUUAUCGUUUGAGGCAAAAUGAUAAAAAUACAUCAGAUAUUCAGAUGAUAGAUGGAGAAGUUCAAGCUACUAACCAAGGUGUUUAUUUUGACAAAGCUAAAGAAAAGUCAACUAUUCAAAGUUAAAUCUAAUCCCACUUUACGCCUCUUCACCGUCACACAACUCAAAAAUAAAAACUUAAAUCAGAAAUAAAA